AUGCUUCGGUAUCUAUUCCGUAGCCCGCGGAGCGUUCGCGUGCCACUCCAGAAUGGGCCAGUCGAUCUUCAGAGGGUCGCAAUAACCAGGAGAUCUAGAUCAACCCCUAUCCUUUACCGAUUUUUCACGACGAUUGCACUUACCUACUGUGCUGCGAAGACAAUCAAUCACUACUUCCCGAACAGUGCGCACGGAUCUAGGCCCCAUGUUGAGUCUGUCAAGAAGACGCACGAAUCUGAAGAUCACGAGAGAUUAUGGCAAGAAUACUUGGAGAAGGCCAAAGCGAGUGGCGUAACGACUUCUCCCGAAGCCAUCCAUUUGAUGCUGCCGAUCUGGAUUCGGCGAGCAAAGCCCCAACCAUGGGAACCCGAUGAUCCAACCUGGAAGUCGUUCCAAGCUCUCCAGGAAGAUACGAAACGCCUGCGUGAAAUCACAAGGGCGAUCCAAGAAUCACUGAAACAAGAGGUCGUCAAAAAGUAUGGUCGUGUCAUGGUAGAGCUCGGAGGAAAUUUCGCCUUCCACGCCGGAUGGAGACUGGCUCCGCCUCUGUAUGCUCCGACAGCGUACGAAGUCCCAUGCAUCUUCUUAGAGCCCGACAAGAUCAGCUAUGGCUGGAGGCAGCUACCGAAUAGUAUGGGGGGAAAGAUGGACCGCGUCUUCCAUCCAAUUGUGCUGGCCAAGGCCUUUAUCCAUGGUUUUGGGGAAUUUGCCUGGGCUUCAUAUUUGAUCACCCGGGCCCGUCUCGUGGAUCGACUCAAUUCCCUCAGCGCGAGCCUUAAAGACUCGACCACGCAGCAGCAAACCCUCAGCGAAGACGAGAAGGCCCACAAACGGUUGAGUUUUGGGAAAGUAUCUGAAGAAGAAAAGACAGUCUGGUUACCUUUUCUUCGUGGUGAUUACGGUGAGCACGACUCAAGACGGGCUUACCGCGAUCUGGUCAAGUCCAUGACGUACCAGGGUGCAAUCGAGUCAGGGUGUGCAGUGUUCCGAGCAUAUUGGAUACAUGGGCAAGAAAAGGUUAUGCAAUCGUACACUCGAGACAGCCUACUUAUGGUCGGAGAGAUAGCAUUCGUGGGGGAUAGGGGGACGCUUUUUGUGCACGCCGUGGCGGUAUACUCUCCUGAGACCGAUUCUCUCAUCGGUCCACCCCUCCUCAAACAUGCGUAUGUUGUCCCAGACCGAGCGAAGUGGGUGGAAGACAAAACGGCCAAGGCCGAGGGCAAGGGUCUGCCGCAGGCUGAAAGACAAGAAGAGACGAAGUUGAUUGCUCAAGACACUCUGAAACCUUCGACAGAACCUGAUGAAGCACGGACGGCGGGAAAGCCUCCUUCGGCCGAAGAAAAUGAAGAGAAGGAUAGCGAGAAAUGA